UAUUUACAUUCACUGUUAUCUUGAAAUUCGACAGUAAAUCACAAAAAUAUCAGUACUUCCGGGAUGACGUGAGACACUUUGUUUUUGUUUUAUUCGGAUCAGGAUAUCAGCCGAUAAAUUUUAUUCUACAAGAAAACUAAUUUGGAGAUGAAGAGAUGGCACGCAGACGGGAAAAAUCGGAAAUUAAUCCAAUCGUUAAAUACUUAUUGUUCUCUCUAAAUUUCGUUUUCUGGGUUCUUGGUCUCGCCUUUACAAUUCUUGGAACAUACAUUCUUAUUCUGAAGCAUAAAGUAGUGAAAGAUGCGUUUGAUUUUUUCUUGGAUCCGUCCACUAUUAUGUGUACUGCGGGAGCAGUCAUUGUAUUUGUAGCAUUCUUUGGUUGUAUGGGUGCUUUGAGAGAGAACACAUGUUUUUUACAGUUUUUUAACUAUUUGGUAACAUUCAUGUUCGUUGGAGAGAUUGUUUUUGUGAUAUUUGUGUUUGUAUUCUAUUUUGUACCGGAUGCUCGAGAACAACUUGGUUUAUUUCCAGAAAAAUCUAUGCACGAGGCAAUUAUAAAAUAUGGCGUUGUAGAUGAUGACGAUAUGGUCAACUUCAUAGAUAAUAUACAGCAAACGUUAAAAUGUUGUGGACUUGGAGACAAAGAAGACGGAUUCCUGGACUGGAAUGACAACAUGUAUUACAAUUGUACCACUACCAGUAAAUCUCCAGAAAAAUGUUCCGUCCCAGCAUCUUGUUGUAAGAUCAAAGAGGGUGAUAUUAGGAAUAUAUUGUGCGGAAAAAAUGUCAUGGAUCCAAAGCCUGAUGGCUCUGUAGCCCCUGGAGCAAAUGUGGAUAAGAUUUACACAGUUGGUUGUCUAAAGUCUCUUGGCAACUGGAUUAAUUCUAAUGCUUUAGUGGCUGGUGGUGUUUUGUUAGGAGUUCUGAUACCUCAGAUGUUCAUCAUGUGUGUUUCGCGAACAUUGCGGUACCAAAUAAAGGCACAGAAGGCAAAAUGGGAUCGUCCAGAAAAUAGACCUAACAAAUUUCAGGGUGAUGGACCCUACUAUAUAAAUGUUCCAAAAGACAGAAAUCAAAGAGCGGGAAGAUAUCAGGGAGUGAACAAUCCAACUUUUGAUCAUCAUUCUUAAUAAUUUUGUACUAUU